AUGGACGGUGUUAGUGAUUCCCCGGUCGAUUUGGCAUGUGAAAGGCAUGUUGCCUGCUGUAUAUGUUAUGGAUUCUAUGGACCAUGCUUUGAGCAGCCAUUGUGUGUUACAUGUCAUUCUUUCCUAUAUCCAGAAGAUAUUGAACAGCUUCCAUGUAUCACUGUCACAGAGACUGAGUCCGGUGGAGAUUCAGGUACAGAGGAACCGACUGAAGAAAAGAACUGUACAGUGCUGCUGUCUCCAACGUCAGAGAGUUUGUCCAGUCGAUUAAUCGCUUUAACUGUUCAUAAACAGGAAGACAAACCUCUCCAAGAAGGCAUUGUAGAUCUUUUACCAACUGAAGUUCUUGUAAAAAUUUUCUCAUAUCUUGAUGACAUUUCAUGGUCGACUCUUGACCAAGUGUGUGAAAGAUGGAAAGCAUUAUCAGACAGCCUUAAAGAGCAGUGGCCAUGGAAAGAGUUUGUUCGUGCCAGGUGGCCGCUGUUCAAUCAGCAAUACAGAGUGAAAUGUUGGAAAACCAUAUUUGUGAAAUUAUUAGACAGUGCUCCUUGUAGGAAGUGUAUAGAACAAAUAAAUCUACAGAAAUCAAUACCCGAUGGUCAGACGGCGGUGACGUGGCGGAAUAAACGAUUACGCAGUGAAAUGAAAAAUUUGAAACAAGACCCUCCUGAAGGUGUCCAAGCAGUACCUCUAGACAGACACUGUUCGUUAUGGCAAGCGACAAUUACUGGUCCCACAGAAAGUCCAUAUGAAGGUGGAUUGUUCUUUUUACAUUUACAAAUUCCUAGCAGUUAUCCAAUGAAACCUCCGAUAGUACGUUUCAUGACCAAGAUUUUCCAUCCAAACAUUAGUCGCCAUGGUGACAUUGGUUUAGACUCCAUCCACCAUAAUUGGAGUUUAGCAUUAACGAUAUCAAAGGUGCUCAUCAGUAUUCAGUCAUUACUCACAGAUCCUUACUGUUUUGUUUGUAUGGAGCCGGAGAUAGGAAACUUGUACAUGAACGAUAGGUUAGAAUUUAAUCAGAUCGCUAGGAUAUGGACGUGGAAGUUUGCCAUGCAUGAUGUGCUCAUACCCAGAGAGUUCACACAGAGUAAGGAGGAUAACAAGGAAGGCAUGUCAUAGUCACACACGAUAUCUUGGUGAGCACUACAGUAACAAUGCACCUUUUUUGUGCCAGCAACUCAGAUGUGAUAUAUGCAAGGAGCGUGUGAAGUACGUACUAUGAAGCAGCAUCUUGUACAUGAUGAAGAAUCUCCCGCUUGUGUACAUCGUAUGCGUUACAGAAGAAUUAAUCUGAAUUAUUCAGUCAAUACUCUGAUAUAUAUGGUAUGCCCUAAAGUUGGGCAUGCAUUCAUGUGCGUUGUCAUAAAAUGUAUCUGUAUUGAGUCGCAUAAAAAUAUCUAUGCAUAAUAUAUAAAUAUCCACAUACGGCUGCACUAGCAAGCCAUAUGCUACUGAAAUGUACUACUUGCCGGCAUCACCAGCAUUUAUUGAAGCAAUAAACCACCUCCAAGGACGAGUAUACCACAAGAUUUUGCACAGUCCCUGACAUACCGUAUAUACACGAGCACAAGCGAGUUUAAACAUGGAGUGGAUAGUGCAAAAUGGAGUGGUAUACCUGACUAUAGCGGUGGUUUAAUUAGUCCCAUUGUAUUAUACCAACGUCAUUUUAAAUGUAAUUUUCUGAGACACAAAUCAUGCACAAAUGUGAUACGGCACCAAAAACGCCAUUUGCAACUGUGGUAAAAUAAAAAUAAGCCCUGAAACUAGCAUAUAGCGAUUAUAUAGAUGCA